AUCCAUUUGUUAAACUUAUGCAUUUAACGCCACCUUUGUUAUCCUUACCACUGAAGGUGAAAAAUAUAAAUUAGACUUUUCAUAAUUAUAAUUUUAUAACAAUCUUUCAAUGUAUUUAAAGUAAACAUACAAUAUUUUAUGUGACACGGUACAAUUAAUUGUGUAAAUAAAUGUAGAUUGAUAUAACACAGAGUACAGUUCAGUUAUAGACACAGUCGUAUCGGAGAUUGCAAAUUACAAACACAAGGCGCGCUACAGAACCAAGCCUAACAAAUCGAUUGAAGCGCCUUGAGAGACAUUUUUUAACCCAAAAGAGCUUUAUCCCCUCCACUGGAGUUUCCAAAUCUGAGUGUGUAUACAAGACAGUUAUUGCAAGGAGUUAUACAACCGUUGUUCAUUACGACUUACGCUUACGACUUAAGAUCGUGAAAUUAGAUGCAGAUAUAAGAGAUUCGGUUAAAAAACGAUUUAAAUCAGUUUCGAUUUAUCACAUUGGAGUUAAAUUAAAAGUACUAUUUUAAACAAAGCUAUCAGCAGAAAUGUCUGCGUGGAGGCAAGCGGGAUUAAAUUAUAUUAAUUAUUCGCAAAUAGCUGCCAGACUUGUUAGACAAGCUUUAAAAGCAGAGCUCCGAUCAGAUGCCCUAAAACGUGAUGAAAUAAACGUAAAAUUUACCCAAUGGAAAGAUGGUAAACCUAUUACUGAAAAACAAUAAUAAUAAACAAAUAAACAUGCGUAAAUGUACAAUAAUGUUGCAUAAAAUAUAACAGCAAGGAGAUUUAGACAUGGAGAUUCCCUGUUCAAUAUUAAAUAAUUUGCUACUAACAUACCUACUAUAUAAAUGUGUGAAAUGUGUGAAAUUUAUAUAAGUACAAGGUAUAAUCGAACGGUAUAAUCAUAGAUAGUACAAUCCAAGAAGGCUUGAUAUGAUAAAAUAGAAACAAAAUAUAUAAUAAUCAUUUUUCAUACAAGAUUUUAAUUCUGAAUAAAUCGAUGUCGAAAAUUCGUCGAGUACACGUAUACUUAGCUAUAACUUGCAAUGUAUCGCGUUCAGUAAUAUACAUAUACCUACAAUGCAUACAAAAAGUGUUGGCAUAUCAGUGUAUUUAUUAUAGCAUUUACAUAUUAAUUAAUUAGUGUGAUUUCGAUGAUUCUUUAAUAUGUUGUAAAACUCAAUAUUUUGAUUAAUUCUUUUCUGUACACUAAGCUGAGCUCGCUUAGUUUCUGAGAUAUUCGCGAAAAAUUGCCGGUUCUUUUUAGAGGACAUUGUAUUAUUCUGUAUAUAGUACAUUCUAUAACGUAUGUGUGAAUAUUGCUGGUCACCAGCUGCUUACCUUUUAUUUAUAGAUCCCGUGCACAAUUGCAUAUACAAGGCUGUAAGAAAUGUUUGUUACAACUCAAUUAAAAAUGAAUAUCAUUAAUGUACAUUAAUUGGGUUUGGGUUUUCAACACAGCUGACAAUGCUACAUGAAACAAUAACAAUUCUUCUAUUUCGUAAACUAAUAUCAAUUAUUCAUUCCCCUAUUUUUAUAAUUAUUUUAUGAUUUAUAUAAACAUUGCUAGUCGCCCCGCGGCAGUCGGAUUGAAAAAUUUAACCCAAACCCACUAUAUUGGUGAUAUUUUCACUGAUGAUUUUCGAGUUAUAAGUUAUAACAAAUAUUUCUUGCAGCCUUGCAUAUACAACUGUACACAUUUAUAAAUACUCGUUUAUGAACAGAAGAUAAAUAUCUGACAACCAAUACUGACGCAUACGUUUUACGCAUACGUACGGCACAGAUUUACAACUAUAGACUGAAACAUACUGUAGUGAUAUCAACAGUGUUUAGAGAAUAUCUCGAAUGCUAAGGUCGACCGCUGGUUAUGUGUAUAAGAAAUAGUAGUUCAAAAUAUUGAUAUCUAUAACAUAUUUCAAAAUUAUCAGAAUCAAAGAUGAGGUAGCUUUCCUGUAGUUUCAUUAAAUUUGUAAUAUCUUACAAAAUAUUAAUUUUUUUUGGCAUUGUAUCCUAAUACCUUUCUGUUCAAAAUGGCACAAAGAAUCAGUUAAUGCAAAUAAAAUCGUAAGAUUCCAUUUUUUAAAAAAAUGUACAUUUGGAACUGUGCCGAUGCAUUUCUGUGAAAAAUCGAACUAUAUGAUAAUAAAUAGUGCAAUGUAAUGCAAACAAAGCAGUCUUUCUAUCUACGAUAAGAACAGAGUUAUAGUUCGGUUCGGUCAUUAAGUCUAGGUUCGGACCAGAAUUCGCCUUGUGGAUUGGUUUCUGAUCACCAUUGAUGUUUUCAUCACCAUUUGACUGACCCCGGUUUCGUCGACAUUGUUUAUUUGUCGACAUGUUGAAAUCACUGACAAUAUUUUCGUCGACGCUCAUUUCACCGAACUGAGUGAGUAUCUCUGAGUGUCGAGGAAGACACUGUUGGUAUAUAAAUGAUGUCGAUAAAACUGGCAUCGAUAAAGAUAUUGUCACAAACUAAUCCCAUACUGUACAUAUACAAUUAGAAAUCGUUAAAAUCUAAAUUAUAAUAGAUUUUUCCCUUUUAAGUGAAAAUGAGGAUUUAUUCGGAAACAGUUCCCAUGCAAAAGUAAUAUUGAACAUUUUCAUCUCAUUUUUAUAUAAAAGCAUUAGUUCUAGGAUUGUAUAAUACCAUGAAUAUAUGCUUUGUAUGUUAAGAGAUACCUUGUGCAUCAUAAUUGAUUAAAUACUAAUAGUGAUAUACACUAACAUAUAGUUAAGAAGCAUAUGUUAUAUAUAAUAUAUGUUAUCAUUUUAUUAUGGACUGUUUAACAUUUUAACGUUUUAUCGAGCAGAAAUUAAACUUAUUUAAUUCUAUUCAUUUAUUUAAAAAAUUUGGUAAGUUACAAAAAUUACAUUUCGUUAUUUUUGUUGCAGAAAAUCCAUAAAUUAUAUCACAGAUUGAG